AUGUUUGUUUUUGGAAGUUCUUUAGUUGACAAUGGCAACAACAAUUUUCUUCCGAAUUCUAUAGCCACGGCGGAUUAUUCACCUUACGGAGCCGACUUCCCUCUAGGACCUUCCGGAAGGUUCACGAACGGAAAGAAUGUUAUCGACGUAUUGGGAGAAAAACUCCGACUUCCGAACUACAUUCCACCUUUUAAUGAUCCUUCAACAAAUGGAAGUGAAAUCUUGCAUGGUGUUAACUUUGCUUCUGGUGGUUCUGGUAUACUUGAUGUUACUGGUGCACCUGCUGGUGUAACCAGUUUGAAUCAACAAAUCAGAGAUUUCGAAUCGGACACUCUGCCAGAUUUCGAGCUGCAUUUAGGCGAAAAGAGCACGGAAAUAAUAAUGUCCGAGUUCUUGUUUGUGGUUGGAAGUGGCGGAAACGACUACUCACUCAAUUAUUUUAGGUCCAACAAUACGAACAUCACCCUCGAAGAUUUUACUGCAAAUUUAACCGCCACUCUCUCUCUCCAACUCAAGAGGUUGUACGAUUUGGGUGCUCGAAAGUUCGUCUUGAUGGCGAUAAAUCCCAACGGUUGUAGUCCAAGUGCUACAGUGAGAUCUCCUACACGAGACUGCGUCGAGAUAUUAGAUAGAGCAUCUCAAAUGUUUAAUUCAAAUUUGAAGAAAUUAGUCGACGAUAUUCGGCCUCGAUUGCGCGGUUCUAACCUUGUCUUUGUCAAUACUUACAAAAUUAUAGAGGAUAUACUCAGAUUCCCUAUUAUUCGAGGUUUCACCGAUGCGAAGAGUGCGUGCUGUGAAGUGGGCGUAACCGGAAUAUUGUGCAAGAGAGGAGGGUUGAUUUGUCCGAAUAGAAGGGAAUAUGUGUUUUUCGACGGCUUGCAUCCAACGGAAGCUGUGAAUUGUGUAAUCGGAUCGAAGGCUUUCGUAUCAUUCCUUAGAGAUGAGGUGUACCCUUUUAAUGUCAAACGCCUCUCCGAAAUUUAAACGGAGUUUCGGCGUAUUUGUUCGACGGAGAUGAAAACACUUUGUUUUUUUUUUUUUUUUUUUUUUGUUGUUGUUGUAGUAGCUUUGAUACUGUAAUAACUUAAGCUGAACUGAUCAGCUGAAUAAAAUUGUCUUGAGAAUCUUCAGACUAUACGAGGUUAAUUUGAGUUCAACAAUAAUACAGUUUUCGUCCCUCAA